UUAGAAGUGAAGUAUGACUUUCUCCGGCAAGGUUGUAAUUGUAACCGGCGCUAGUUCGGGUAUUGGUGCUGCUACCACCGAGCUCUUUGCAAAACAAGACGCCAAAGUGGUGCUGGUCGGACGUAAUGAGGCAAAUCUAAAAGCAACUGAGGCGGCAUGCAAGGCAGCGAACAGCAGUGCUGAAUUGCUAAUUAUUAAGGCAGACAUAACGUUGGAGGCAGAUCGCAUUAUUAAUACAGCCAUUGAGAAAUUCGGUAAAUUGGAUGUUUUAGUUAAUAAUGCUGGUAUACUAGCUGGUGGAAAUAUACUUGAUAUCGAUGUGGAGCAAUUCGAUCAGAUACUCAACACAAAUUUACGUGCGGUUUUCGUAUUAACUAAACUCGCCGCCCCACAUUUGGUGAAAAGCAAAGGCAACAUUGUAAACGUAUCCAGCUUGGCUGGCACACGCUCAUUUCCGAAUAGCUCAAGCUAUUGCGUCUCUAAAGCUGGAUUGGACCAAUUUACCAAGUGUAUAGCUUUGGAUUUGGCACCAAAAGAGGUACGAGUGAACUCUGUAAAUCCCGGUUUGAUUGUGACCAACAUUCACCGUCGUGGCGGCAUGUCUGAUGAGGCAUAUGCCAAGCAUCUGGAACGUGGUAAAGAGACACAUGCUUUAGGACGUGUUGGUAAUCCAAUGGAGGUGGCUGAAGCGAUUGCUUUUCUAGCCAGUGAUGCUGCCAGCUUCAUCACGGGUGCAAUAUUGCCCAUCGAUGGCGGUAGGCAUGCUAUGUGUCCGCGUUAAAUUAAGUUUUCUUGAAGGUUGCGAAUAUGCAUUUACAGGUUAUACUAAAAAAAUUAAAUAACAUACUUAUGUAUGU